UUCAGUAACGUACUUGACCAACAUCUUGCUACCAUAAUUCAUUGGCAACGUGCGUAAUGGCAAUAGACCACUAGCUCCCAAGGCGUUCUGUUCAUCUGCCAAUGCCAAACGCCAAACUCUCACCAUGUUUGCACAGGUGCUGUGGUCUUGGCCAAACUCACUGGGUCGAAACCUUGAAAGUCGAGUGACUAUAAAUAGUUCCGGCUGCGUAGUGAAAUGCCAGUUAAGUUCACGAUUUAAAGCCAAGCAAAAUGAAGAGCCCUCUGAGUCUGUCGACAGUGCUGUUGAUCCUGUCGUACGCCUGUGUGGUCCUGGCCAACAGCAGUAGCAGUAGCAGUACCAGCAGCUCCACACCCAAGAUCUGUGUCCUGCGGAACUGCAACUGGAACUCCAGCACGAAUGCCUGUGGCCGCUAUGGACGCUCCAAUCUGUGCAAUCGCUUCAAGAACAGCUGCACCCUGCGAUACGAAUCCUGCGUGGGCUCCACCACUUACACGGCGGUCAGUCUGUCCCAGUGCUCCGGGAUCAGCGUGGGUUCCCGUGGAACCUGCGGCGGAUCGUCGUCCUCCUCCUCUUCCUCGUCCUCGUCCUCAAACGUUGUACCCAUUAUCAUACGCAGGGGCUGAUUUUUGUUCCUGUUCAUGAAAAUAAAAUAUUUUUAAUCUAUUACGUUUAAAUUAGUCAUCGGA